UGUGAUGUUCAUUAUUAUACCCCUAGCUGUUUUACUGGCGAUUUUAGUGCUAACUUACAUACGCAGAAGAAGACGAAAAAUGAAAUCAGAGACAUCAAAGACGACCAGUUUUAUUACAAAAUCUGCCAUUGUAAGAAAUGAUGAUGAAACGAAAAGUGUUAAAGAUGAACGAUACACAGAAACAGAGGUCAAUGAUUCGGGCUGUGAUCAAGUGUACAUUGAUAGUCAAGGUCAAUAUGACCAUUUGCAUUUGAGAAGAGCCCAUAAAGAGCAAACUGAAAAGUACGAGAACCACUACACAGGCAUAGAAACCCCAUACCAGACAACUUAUUUCAAAAACAUUGAGCUACCACUGAAUGAAGACAUGUAAACAUACUGAGAUAUAAUAAAAAUCACUGUAAAAU